AUGAGUUUCAAAGACAUGGAAACCGUCAAUGUCGCCGAAUUGGUCGAGCGCCUCGGUAGCGAUGAAGAUGCCGUGCGCAAAAUGGCCGUCUUCAAGCUCCAGAGCAACAUUGGAGACCCGUCCUUCGCCGACAUCUUCAUCGCAGAGGGAGGCCUGGUUCGAUUACGCUACUUAACCCUGAACGCAAGCGGGAAUACCCUGGCAUACAGUUUAACCAGUUUCUCGAGGCUGCUCGAUGUCGACAAGGGGUGGGAGUGUGUUGACCAUGAGUUGGUUGAGCGCACUGUCGAGCUGAUCGUCACCCACCCCCUGGUCAACAUCCUCCGCGGCGCCAUGUCCAUUCUCGUCUCUAUUGUUUCCCACCCGUACAUGGGGAACCGCGCCUCCCAGAUCAACAACUUUGGUUUCCGCGCCCUGAAACCUGCAAUCGCCAUAUACCCUCAGUUCCUGGAGAUGCUAGUCAGCCGAUUAUCCUCCGCGGACCAUGCGCUGUGUGCCAAUGCGCUCCAAUUGAUAAACUCGCUCAUGCGCGACUCGAUCACCCACGACCCGGAGGCGGAGUGGCCCAAGUUUAUUCAGAGGUUACAGGAUCUAGGCGUUAUCAGAGCGGUUUACGUGCUUAUGCAGGAUUCCGCCCUUCAGGACCUGGCGCAUCCGCUGUUGGAAUUCCAGUCACUCACCAAGGUACUGCUACGCAAGUGGCGAGAUAUCCCCGUCAACCAGGAGACGCCUGAGCAUCGCCGUGCGCUGAAGGGAAUUUAUCUGGCCAGUAACCCGGGGAAAAUUCCCGACGAGCCUACGGAGAAUGGCGAUGAUACACGGCGCUCUAGACGACAUCAUCCGGAAAAGUGGAGGCGGCUUGGGUUUGAGACGGAGAGUCCGGCCGGGGAAUUCUACGAGGUCGGCUUCCUAGGUAUGAUGGAUCUGGCGGACUAUGUCCGCAGUCAUGGGGAGGAGUUUCAGAAUAUGCUCUUGGAGCACUCUACAAAGCCAGCAGGACAACGGUGUCCGAUUGCUCGAGCUUCGUUGGCCGUCACAUCGAUCUUAUAUGAGCAUUUUGAGGUUGAAAAGUCCGACAUGGAUGACUCAAAAACAUACCUUCUUUCAGAGUCCCGUACGGGCUUUGAUAAGUUGUUCCAGCCCCUGUUGUUACAUUGGACCCGCCUACAUGUUGCCGGCUUACAGGCCUUCUUCCGCCUGUGGAAGGCGACUGCCGCCGAGGAAGAGGACUUGGACAAGCUCAUUGAGCUCGUGCGUAUCCUCAUUGAGUCGGUAGUUGGCGGAGCUGCUCGAAUCAAGGAUGUCCAGGAUGUCGAAGAGGAACUGGCCGAUUUCGAAUACCACCGCUUACGCGGGCUGCAGAUGGAACUCCUUGAACUUACGUACGAGGAUGCAUGGGGCCAGCACUUGCGACAGGUGCGCGAGGAACUUCAUCAUGAGGCUCUCCAAUUCGUCAAAGAGCAACGAAUCCGAUCCUUGCUUCAAGGUAGCUGGUUCGCUCUGGACUCCUCUAAGUCGGAGUCGGGGGCGGUGCAGAAGUCUAGUGCUACAUAUCAAUAUGCCCAGCUCUCUCACAACCGACGAUACUUGCAUUUCGGUCAAUUUGACCUGAUGGGCGAACAAGCUCCGGAGUUGGACACCCUACCAGAGAAAAUCGAUCUCUCAAUGGUAUCAUCCGUAGUCUCGAACGUCUCCACCAGCCCAGACCAUUCCUCCACGGCUACGGUGAAGACUGCACCCCGGCAACCCGCAACCAAGAUCACCAUCCACGGCUACGCACCCUCCGCAAUUACCGGACACGGAAAAGGCCACAGCCACGCUCGGUCCGCCAGCAGGACCACUCAAAAGGAGGUAGUCCUGCUCACGCUGCGGCCAUCCUCGCAGAGCAUUGCGUCCGAAUGGCUAGAUGGCCUACUGAUGCUUCUCAACCAGCAGCCCAUCACUGCAGAGACAAGCAAGCUGAUUGAUCUAAUCAGCAAUUACGGGUUGAAAAUCCGCCUGCUCAAUGUGCGGUUUGACGACGCCACUUUCGCAGGUGAGGCUCCCCAGGUCCCUUCGAGAGAUGGCUUGGAUGAAGAUUACUACUAUGAUGUAUUUGGAGGCGCAUAG